AUGCUCCCGCAAUGUCAGGGCCCCGUCUGGGCUAUCGAUGACCUGUCGCAUUGCUUCCAGCGCAACGUCCUGCAAGUCUCGCUGCCGCUGGCCGCGUGCGCUUUAUCCCUGCUAAUAAUUGUCACUCGCCUCGCCUAUCGCUAUGCCGUCUCCCGCAAAGGCGUCGCCUACAAGGUUCUCCCCAACGAUGCCUCCGACGAUGAGGAUGUCCCCAAUGGCCUGGAACCCGAAUUAGAUCCAAUGCUCCAGCAGGCCUUGCAGAGCGAACGCGUUGAGCUGGAGGUCGACCGCCCCCAUGGAGAAAUCACCGUCGUGGCCCUCGAAAUCGCCGCGCUCGUCGGCCAGGUCGCUCUCUACGCAGUGAUUCUGACCACCCACGACUGGGGCCGUCAUGGAGCUCUUCCCGCGACGGCAGGGCUGAUCUGUUGGGGCUAUAUACUGUUCUUGGUUUUGGUCCGGCUGCUUUUGUCCUCCAUGGAUCUCUCCUCGGCCCCGAGGCUUUGGACCCACACGGCCACUCUGUACAGCGCUCAAUGGCUUUUCAACAUCAUGGUCUUUCGCUCCGCCGUCAUCCACCCGAUCUCCAAGCGCGCCUUAAUUCUCAGCAGCAUUGAGUUCGCCCUUAGUACCCUGCUUCUUGUAAUUGCCCUCACCACUCGGCGAGGCAACAAACCGGUACUCGUGGAACGGGAGGAUGGAUUGGAGCCCCCGCGCCACCCUACGGCCAGUUUGUUGUCUCUUGCGACCUUUGCCUGGUUGGAUCCGCUUAUUAUGAAGGGCUAUCGCCAGCCCCUCGAAUUGGAGGAUGUGUGGAACCUGACUCCUUCCCAGAAGGCCGCUGCGGUCCUUACAGACUUUAGGAAACGGCAGAUGAAGGGUUCCCUAGCCUGGAAGCUUAUCCGCUUCUUCAUCGGAACCAUUCUGAAGCAGGGCGCUUGGACCAUUUUCGCCAAUCUUUUCGUGUUUGUGCCGAGUCUGCUGCUCAAAGCCAUCCUUGAAUACGUCGAAGACCCCCGCUCAACCACCCCCAAUGCCGCGUGGCUGUAUGCGAUCCUGCUCUUCGUCUCCGCCAUUGUUCAAGGAGUUGCGGAUGGACAGGCUCUCUAUAUCGGUCGAAAGAUGGGUGUCAGGAUCCGUGCCAUCAUUAUUGGUGAAAUUUAUGCGAAAGCCCUCCGACGCAAGGCAGGCGCUUCCACGGACGCUGUUCGGAAGGCCGCGGAGGAGUCGAACGCCCCCGAGGAUGCAAAGUCGAAAAAGAGCAAACUGUUUUCGUUUGGUCGAAAGAAGAAGUCUACCAAUGGGGACGAUGCCGAAAAUGGAACCGCCAAUGCUAAGCCUGCCCAGUCGGAUCUAGAGGACGCUACUGCCCAGGCGAAUGUCGGUACGAUCAUCAACUUGAUGGCCAUCGACUCGUUCAAGGUCAGCGAGGUUGGCGCAUAUCUGCAUUUCCUGUGGGCUAGUGUGCCGGUGCAGGUCAUCAUGGCUGUCAUCCUGCUCUACAAGAUCAUGGGCUUCAGCUCCUUUGCCGGUAUCGCAUUGAUGGUUCUGAUGCUGCCCGUGAAUCUCUUCAUCGCCCGGCAGUUCAACAAGGUCCAGAACGCAAUUCUCAAGGGUACUGAUGCCCGUAUUCACGCGACCAACGAAGUCCUCCAAAACAUCCGCAUCAUCAAGUACUUUGCGUGGGAGCAGCGGUUUCAAGACAUUGUGAACGAAAAGCGCAAGGCAGAGCUCAAAUCCUUGCGUCGUCGUUACGUCCUCUGGUCUUUCGCUGCAACUGUCUGGUACGGCACUCCCAUUUUGAUCACCUUCCUGUCGUUCUUCUUAUACACGGUCGUUGAAAAGAAGCAAUUGACCCCAUCGAUUGCCUUCCCUGCCUUGUCGAUGUUCUCUCUCCUACGCGUUCCCUUGGAUCAGCUGGCCGAUAUGGUGGCCCAUGUGCAGGAGUCAAAGGUGUCCUUGGACCGUGUGGACAUGUAUCUCAACGAAGAAGAGACCGGGAAGUACGACCAGCUGCGUGACAGCAGCAUCUCGGAUAGACCGUCCACGAUCGGCUUGGAGAAGGCAACCCUUACCUGGGGUACCACUUCGCCUCGCCCGCAAGCUGCUUCUUCCUCGGAAAGCGGCGCAGAUGCAUUCCGCCUUAUCAACAUUGAUGUCAAUUUCCCUAUUGGUCGUCUGAGCAUCAUCGCCGGACCUACGGGAUCUGGAAAGACCUCCUUGCUCAUGGCCCUGCUUGGUGAAAUGCGCUUGGUGGAGGGCCGUGUCAAUCUUCCUGGCGGCAUGACCAGCCGUGCUGACCUUCCCGUUGACCCCGAAACUGGUCUGAUUGACAGUGUCGCAUACUGUGCCCAGGAAGCUUGGCUCGUUAACGACACCGUCAAGGAGAACAUCAUCUUCGCGUCCCCGUACAACGACAAGCGCUACCGUGCUGUACUCAAGGCCUGUGCUCUUGAGCGUGAUAUCGAGAUCCUCGAUGCUGGUGAUCAGACCCUCGUCGGAGAGAAGGGCAUCAGUUUGUCCGGUGGUCAGAAGCAGCGUAUUUCUCUGGCCCGUGCUGUUUACAGCAGCGCUCGCCACUUGCUGCUCGAUGACUGUCUUUCCGCCGUUGACUCGCACACGGCCAAGCACAUCUUCCGCCAAGCCCUGACUGGCCCGCUCAUGCUGAACCGUUCUUGUGUCUUGGUAACUCAUAACGUUGCCUUGGCCGUGCCCCAGGCCGACCACGUUGUGGUACUGGAGAAUGGGAAAGUUACUGCUCAGGGUAAGCCGGACGAUGUUGCAUCUACUGGCGCCCUCGGUGAUGAGUUCUUUAAGUCUCGCCCCGGCUCCCGAGCCAGCUCACGUGGUCUAUCCCGUGUCCCCUCGGAGCACGAAGACGACGCAGCGGAUGAGAAUUCCGCCGCGGCUAGUGGAACCGCCAACGGUGCUGCCAGCAAGUCGCGGACGGAUGAGAAAUCGCCCCUGAAAGAAAGCAAGGCUACUGGCAGCGUAAAGUGGUCGACAGUCGCGAUGUACCUGCGUUCGAUGGGCUCAUGGUAUUACUGGGUCUUGACUGUCUCCGUUUUCUGUAUGCAGCAGCUGGGUUCAGUUUCCACCAACAUUUGGAUCCGUCAAUGGGCAAACGCCUAUCGCGUUUCAAAUACUGGCGCAGGUAGUGAUGCUGGUAGCUACGCUGCCCUCGCCCACCUCAAACCACCUACUUUCAAUGUGGGCAGCGUCGCGAAAGUAAGCACUUGGGGACCGCCCCAGCUCCCCUCACGCUCCGUGGGCCCUACCACCGGAGAUGGAGAGGUCAAUGUGGGAUACUAUCUGGGUGUCUACGCGCUUUUGGGUAUCUUCUAUGUCGCUAUCUCUCUGUCACGCGAGGCUGUUGUGUUCUGGGGAUCGCUACAUGCCUCUUGGAAGAUUCACGACAAUCUUCUCAAGGCAGUCAUGCAUGCCAAGUUCCGUUUCUUCGACUCGACUCCCCUCGGCCAACUCAUGAACCGGUUUUCUAAGGACGUUGAGUCGGUUGAUCAAGAGGUCGCACCUGUGGCCAUUGGCAUGAUUCAUAGCUUGGCAUCGGUGAUCAUGAUUGUCAUUCUGAUCUCCGCCAUCACCCCUGGCUUCUUGAUUGCGGGCGUCUUCAUCACUUUGGUUUACACCGCUCUCGGCGCCGUCUACCUGAACUCUUCCCGAGACCUGAAGCGACUUGAGUCCGUCCAACGGAGUCCGUUAUACCAGCAGUUCGGCGAGACCCUGAAUGGUAUUGUCACUAUUCGUGCCUAUGGUGAUGGACCCCGGUUUAUCGUCGACAAUCAUCGCCGUAUCAACGCUUACAACCGGCCGCACAUUUACCUGUGGGCUAGCAACCGCUGGCUCGCGCUUCGUGUGGACUGGACUGGUGCUCUAGUUUCGUUCUUUUCUGCCACCUUCGUUUUGAUCAAUGUCGGCAAGAUUGACGCCGGAGCUGCUGGUCUGUCUCUGACUUAUGCAGUUACUUUCACUGAGAAUGUCCUUUGGCUUGUCCGUCUCUACUCGGAGGUUCAGCAGAACAUGAACUCGGUUGAGCGUGUUCGCGAGUAUCUCGAGGUCGACCAGGAGGCUGCCCCCAUCAUCGCCGAGUCCAGACCCGCAAGCGGCUGGCCCAGCCAGGGUGCCGUAGAGUUUGCUGGCUACACUACUCGCUACCGUCCCGAUCUUGAACCCGUACUGAAGGAGGUUUCUUUCUCCGUGAAGCCCGGUGAGAAGGUCGGCAUUGUGGGUCGCACUGGUGCUGGCAAGAGUUCCCUCGCUUUGGCUCUCUUCCGCGGCCUGGAAGCCGAGAAGGGUCAGAUCCUGAUCGAUGGCGUCAACAUUGGCUCCAUCGGACUUCGGGAUCUGCGCGAAGCCAUCACCAUCGUGCCCCAAGACCCCACCCUGUUCACCGGCACCAUCCGCAGCAACCUCGAUCCAUUCAGCCUAUUCAGUGACGAGGAGAUAUUCACAGCCCUCCGUCGCGUGCAUCUGAUCGGCUCCAAUACCUCCGGCGCUACAACCCCGAUGACCUCGAGCACACUUGCCGCCGGCGAAGCCAACGGCAUGGACGGCAGUACGGUCUCCGUCGCCGACAACAAGAAUAUCUUCCAUAAUCUGGACAGCCUCGUGUCCGAGUCCGGCUCCAACUUGUCACAAGGUCAACGGCAGCUUCUAUGCCUCGCACGCGCGCUCCUCAAGAAGCCCCGCGUUCUGAUGAUGGACGAAGCCACCGCCUCAAUCGAUUACGCCACCGACACCAAGAUCCAGGAAACCCUGCGCGAGCUCCGCGACAGCACGAUCAUCACGAUCGCGCAUCGCCUGCAAACUAUCAUAGAUUACGACAAGGUCCUGAUGCUCGACCAGGGCCGUGUCAUCGAGUUCGACCACCCCUGGACCCUGAUCAACAAGGAAGAUGGCCUGUUCCGCAGCAUGUGUCAAAACAGCGGGCACAUGGAGGUCCUUCUGGACGUUGCGAAGCGCGCCUGGUCUCAGAAGGGGCUAGUCGAUGAUUCCUGA